AAUGUCAUCAAUUUAAGAAACUGAUUAACUAUUGGAGUUCUUAAGCUCUAAUAUGAAGAUCCAAAAAGAUAAAGAUAGUCUCUGUGAGAAUACUGUAGCUUCUGAUCUAGACAUGGCAUCGGCUAUCGGGAACAUUGAUGCAGAUUCGUUGUCAAGUGUAGGAACGAGAUUUAUUGAAGAUAGUGAUGCGCCGAAAUCAAGUGAUUUACAAUUGCUCGGAAAUUCUUUUACCAUGAUGAACUCCUUUGCUAAUUUACUCUGUUCACCCAUGCCAUCCCUCUCACGUGAUUUGAGUGCCACGGCUAUUGUUGGUUAUCCUAGAUCAGAACUAACUUCUGAUGAUCAGGGGCAUCAAAGUUACACAAGAAGGAAACAACAAGAUCAAGUGUUUCCUGCAGCCUUCAACCGCGAAUAUGAUUGUCCACCUCAGAUGCUCAAGAAGCCUAGGUUGGCCAACAAACACGGAGACCCUCUCAGCGAGCAUAAUAUAUACCAAUUACUAAAGAAAGGGGAUCCUGUGCAGUGGGAUAGUCAUCAAUUUCAUGAAUUAGUAAUGCAGCAUAAGCUGCAAUAUCAGCAACAACACAAUUUAAGGUCAACUCAACAGCUGCCUAUAGUUGCCGCUCAACAACAGCAGCACCAAAACCAAAGGCAACAUUUAUGUCAAGAGCUAGAGCCCCAAUUUUCCUGUCACCAACGGGUGAUGCAGUAUCAAUAUCAUAUACGACUCCGACCUCAUGAACAUAACAUUGCCUAUUGGAGGGAUUUUGUUUCACAGUACUAUUUUCCUGGUGCUAGAAAAAGGUGGUGUCUGUCUUCAUAUGAAAAGUUAGGAGAACAUUCCCUAAGCAUUUUCUCGAGGGCAGCAAGGCCAGCACGACACUGUGAUAUAUGUGGUUCUAAUUCGGGAAAGGGCUUUGAGGCAAAUUUUGAAGUACUUCCCAGGCUCUUGAAAACAAAAUUUGAGAGUGGGGUCAUUGAUGAGCUUCUCUAUCUAAAUUCUCCACGUGAGUUUAAACUUCCUUCUGGAUUAAUGGUGUUGACUUAUGGAAGAGCCGUUCAAGAGAGUGUCUAUGAGCAAUUUCGCGUAGUACGCGAGGGUCAACUUCGGAUAGUUUUUAGGCCUGACUUCAAGAUAUUGUCUUGGGAAUUGUGUUUACGGAAGCAUGAAGAGUUUGUGGCUCGUAGUUCAAUUGCUCCUAAGGUGAAUCAAUUGGUCCAAACUGCUGCUGCUACAGCUGAUAGAUAUAGUAGGAUAUCACCACAAGAUCUUCUGUCAGAUUGCAAUAGUUUCAUUAUGGCAGGACAGCGACUCACUAGGAGUUUGGAGUUCCUGUUGGUGAAUGACUUGGGAUUUUCUAAAAGUUUUGUCAGAUGCUUACAGACUGCUGAAGUGGCCAAUAGCAUGAAGGACUUAAUUCAUUUCAGUCAUUAUAAUAACAUCGGACCAAUUGAGAGCUUGCAUAGGUACUGUGAAGGGGGAGAUCCAACAAAGAAAACAUAUAACGCGGCCCAAGUUCCACCCACAGCCACAGGCAUGGGGAAGUCGAUAACUGAUUCUGUCAGAAAUAAACCAAAACGCAAUAUGCCAAAUCAGAGCUCACGGGGAAGUAGUUCAAAGAUGUCUUCACCACUUCCUAGUCCUCAAUCAUCAGGACCUAGAAAAGUCCAAGGUGGUUCACCACUCAGUGGUUUCCUCAUUUCCCAGCUCUCUCGAAUGGACCAGAAAUCGCAAAAAGAGUGGCAGACAGAAAAACUAGAGAUGAAGGAACAAGUUCUUGAAGAAUUUGAUAGAAAUGCAGCAAGUGCAAGAGGACUGCAAAUGCCUGCUUCUUCUUCUUCAAGCUACCCUCCUUCCCGUUUCUUCAAUGCAAUGGACUUAACUGAAGCUAUUCGAAAUAUGGACAAGGGAUUAUUUGGGGACGGUAUUCUUGAGAACGAUAGUACAGAUGAAGCUUGAACUUGCGGCAGGAAUUGAUUUGUACAGCUUUUGCAGCAAAUGGUGUUUUUCUAGGUUAGCAUACACAGUCUCAACUCUCAACAAUCUCUGCAAAUAGUUGUU